AUGGCGGACGCUCUGAAGGCUGAAGGCAACAAGGCCUUCGCCGCGAAGGACUUCGAUUUGGCUGUUGAGAAGUUUUCAGCUGCGAUUGAACUCGACCCUAGCAACCACGUCUUGUACUCUAACCGCUCUGGCGCUUAUGCUUCACUCAAGAACUUCGCCAAAGCCCUUGAAGAUGCCAACAAAACCACGGAGAUAAAACCAGACUGGCCUAAAGGCUGGGGCCGGAAGGGUGCUGCGUUGCACGGAUCUGGAGACCUUGUUGGUGCACACGACGCAUAUGAAGAGGCCCUCAAAUUAGACCCGUCGAAUGCACAGGCAAAAUCUGGCCUUGACUCCGUAAAGCGAGCCAUCGAUGCUGAAGCAAGAGCAGAUGGAGUGGAAGACCCGUCUGGUGGCCUUGGCCAGAUGUUCAGCGACCCGCAGAUGAUCCAGAAGCUGGCCAACAAUCCAAAGACGUCGCAGUACCUUGCUGACCCUACGUUCAUGGAAAAACUCCGGAAGGUGUCACAGAAUCCAAAUGCCAUUGGCGAAGAAAUGCGUGAUCCUAGAUUUCUCCAAGUGAUGGGCGUUUUGCUUGGAGUUGACAUGCAGUUUGGAGCUCCUCCAGAGGGAGGAGAGCAAGCAGGUGGACGAGCUGCGGAGGCUGAAGAAGACAUCCCGAUGCCGGAUGCGCGUAGGGCUGCCGCGCCGGAGCCCGAACCAGAGCCUGAGGAUGAGGAAACAGUCGCGAAACGAAAGGCAAAGGCAGCUGCAGACGAAGAGAAAAAAUUGGGCACGGAGAACUACAAGAAGAGACAAUUUGAUACCGCCAUUCAACAUUAUAGUAAAGCCUGGGAGUUAUUCAAAGACAUCACUUAUCUUACCAAUUUAAGUGCGGCUUAUUUUGAGAAAGGAGACUACCAGAAGGCAAUUGAAACCUGCGAGACAGCGAUCACAGAAGGCCGUGAAAUUUUAGCUGAUUUUAAGAUCAUUGCAAAGGCUUUUGGCAGAAUUGGUUCUUCAUAUGAAAAACUUGGAGACCUGCCCAAAGCAAUCGUGAAUUAUCAAAAAUCUCUUACUGAGCACCGGACGCCUGAGAUUCUUGCCAAACUUCGAAGCGCUGAAAAGGAGCAAACUAAAGCCGAAAAGAAUGCCUACAUCAGCCCCGAAGAGGCCGAGAAGGCUCGCGAGCUCGGCAACCAGAAGUUUAAGGAAGCCGAUUGGCCCGCAGCGGUUGAUGCGUAUACAGAAAUGACAAAACGUGCUCCUGAAGAUCCUCGCGGGUAUAGUAACCGUGCUGCUGCACUGAUUAAACUCAUGGCGUUUCCCCAAGCGGUGCAGGACUGCGAUGAGGCCAUCAAGCGUGACUCGAAAUUCAUCAGAGCGUAUCUCAGGAAGGCCCAGGCACUGUUUGCUAUGAAGGAAUAUAACAAAUGCCUUGAUGCUUGCACUGAAGCCGCCGAGCAGGAUGAGACCGGAGCCAAUGCUCGCGAAAUAGAACAACAGCAACAGAAGGCAUUGGACGCGCAGUUCAGUGCCCGUGUUGGCGAAACGGAAGCAGAGACUGCAGAGAGAAUCCAACGAGAUCCUGAGAUCAUGGCGAUCGUCCAAGACCCGGUCAUGCAGAGCAUUCUCCAGCAGGCCAGAAAUGACCCGGCCGCUCUGCAGGAACACAUGAAGAAUGCUACAGUAAGAAUGAAGAUUCAAAAACUAAUGGCUGCUGGUGUCAUUCGACUCGGACGGUAA